GUCAGACAAAAUAUUACACCCACAAAUUUAACUUUUAUUUAAAAAAAAAAUAGCGUCACUUAUAAACUUUAUACUAUGGUUUAGGAGCAGCUUCUUAAUGAGACACUGAAACUACGACGAAACGGCAACCACUUCUCACGCGUCCUCCUUUCUUUUUUUUUUGUAAUACUCCUAGUACAUAGAGUAAAGAAUGUAAGCCAAUUUAUAUAAAUAGAAAGCAAAAGGGAAAAUGCUAGAAGACACAGAAACCAAACAACACCAACAAAAAAUGGCUUUCAGAAGAACAUCUUUGGUUUUGUAUACUCUCUUCAUCUUUUAUCUUCAACACAAUUUGCUUUCCGUGAGCUCACGACCUCACUCAGCUGAUACGAACCACGAGACUCUUCCUUUUUAUCCCUCAGAGACGGAUGUUGUUGGGUUUGAAGGAAAGACUCGUGAGUUAGCUGUUGUUAUCAAAAAAUCAUUUGGUGGAGGACGUGGCGGCGGCAGUGGCAGCAGGGGAGGAGGAGUUGGAGGUCGAAGCCGAUCACGUGGCGUGGCAGGUGUGAUUUAUCCGGCCAGAUCGCAUUUUCAUCGUUCAAGCGGUAGCAUGAACCUUCGAGGGGCAGUGUGUGCGGUCGGCUGGUUGUGUUUAUCGGUGUUAGCCGGUUUAUUCUUGAUUUAGUCUGAACUUGAUAUAUGUACGUAGGUCUAGAUGGAACUAUGGCGUAUGUAAAGUGUCGAUCAUAUUCACUUAGAAGAAGUGUUUUCACCAGUUGCUCACCCCACAAGAACAAUACAUAUUUAUUUAAAUUUGUAAAGCAAACGUUCCUAUGAUAGCAUCGUCCACUAUUUUUUUUUUACAUAAUACUACCAUUUAGUGGGAA